AUGCUCACCCAGACCCAACCCCGGACUCAUCACACUCACCUGGCACUGUCUCGAAAAGAAUCACGGACGCAGAUACCGCAGGAGAACUGCGUGUACCUGGCAAUCGCGCUGAUGGGUGGCAUGAUCCUCGUCACGCGACCGGUGCUGGUGCUACUGGCUUUCCUGCUCGUCGGGUACGGCCGGCUGUACCACAUCGAGCAGCACGACGACAAGUCGGAGAGGAGGCUGUUCUCGCACGAGCCUCGUCGCUCGGGAGCGGAACACUCUCUGCACCUAGGACCUGGACCCGGUCACCAGGGGCACGAGCAGAAGCGAGCAGGUUUGCAUGAGCUUGCCAAGGCAUUGAACCUCCCGAAAGUGAGGGUUGAGGGGGACAAGAAAUGGCAUCUGCAUUGA